AUGUUGCUUGGGAGACUUUCAACCCACAUUGUUCUUGGAAUGGAGAGAACUCAGUUGCUUCAGCAAAUUGCCACCAUGAGACAAGCUCUAUUCGAUAAGGGAAUUCUAGAUAAGCAUUUUACUUAUCUUGAAAACCUAGAUGAAAAUGGUAACCCUAAUUUUGUUGAAGAUACCACUGGAUUAUUUUUCAGGGACUCUGCCAACAUGCUGGCUACCCUUCAGCGGACUUUCGUUGGUGCCAUCAGAGUGAAGAAUGAAGUAAAUCGAACGAGAGAAUAUUGCGAACAAGGGAAUUUGGAAGCUGCCAAGGCAGCUUUCCAACAACUGAGAAAUGAGCAUAACAUUCUUGGGCUAGGCUUGAUUCUUACUUACAGGUACUGA